ACAGGUGUGCCAUGUGUCAUUGCUUAACAGGCUGCCCUCAAUGGCAGCACCACCUGUGCCAUCCCACCCCGAGAUUCCCCAUCACACCCAACUCCUCAGAAAUCACAGCCAAAGUUUUCACACAGGACUUUUCCUGUAAAUCAAGCAGUUUGUUUUUUCUUCUUCUUCCUUUCUUUUCUUUUUCUUUAUAACAUCCCUGGGGAAAUGCUCUGUAAGGACACACAGAACAUAUAGCGGUGAAUUUCUUCCCGAAGCCAAGUGCUUGCUGCAUCAUGUCCAUUCCCACUGCUGUCAAUCAUUACCCAGCCAGCAUAUUAUGCAGAAGGUGGAGCUGUCAGGCAGAAGGAAUAAAAGGAAGCGACACUGGGAUUGGACACGCACUGGCCAAAUACCUGGAUAACUUGGGGUUCAUUGUGUUUGCUGGAGUUUUGAAUAAGGAUGGCCCUGGAGCUGAGGAACUGAGGCGGACCUGUUCCCAGAGGCUGUCUCUCCUGCAGCUGGACAUAACCAAUCCCACCCAGGUCAAGGAAGCCUACCUGCAAGUCUCAGAGAAAGUGCAAAACACAGGGCUCUGGGGAGUUGUGAACAACGCAGGCAUCCUGGGCUUCCCUGCUGACGGUGAGCUGCUGCCCAUGAGUAUGUACAGGAAGUGCAUGGAGGUGAACUUCUUUGGGGCCGUGGAGGUGUCCAAGACCUUCCUGCCUCUACUGAGGAAAUCCCAGGGGAGGCUCGUGAACAUGUCCAGUAUGACAGGAGGCAUUCCACUACCGAGGUAUGCUGCAUAUGGAGCAUCAAAGGCAGCUCUGUCCAUGUUUUCUGGAGUAAUGAGGCAGGAGCUUUCCAAAUGGGGAAUCAAAGUUGCUGCAAUUCAUCCAUCAGGCUUCAGAACAGGUAUCCAAGGCACAUCGGAGCUAUGGGUGAAACAGGAGAAAGAGCUGGUGGAGCACCUCUCAGUGGACGUACAGCAGGACUAUGGCAGGGACUACCUGCUGGGGCUGAAAAGCUACCUGCUGCGCAUCCCUUCGCACUGCGAUGCCGACCUCACGCCAGUGCUGAACUCCAUCCUGCAUGCAUUGCUCUCCAAACGACCACGUGGCUUGUAUACUCCUGGCAAAGGGGCUUACGUGAUGCUCUGCAUCUUCUGCUACUUCCCAGUCUGGUUCUAUGACUUCUUAGUUAGUAAGUCGUUGGGACCUCAGUCCAUCCCACAGGCGCUGAGGACAUCGGAAGCUGAGAACGAGGACCUCUAAGGUAUCCACUGGCAUUUAUCAGAUUUGUGAUCACUGUGGGAAGAACUCUGUUUUAGGGCACUGCUAAUUAUUGUACUGUCUCUGGUAUAUCAAGUCUGAGUUGCCUUGUGAGUGGAGUGAAAUCUCUGCAUUAAGAGUAGUGUUCAGGAAAAGUGGUGGGUAAACAAGUAGAAGGCACAGGUUUGGUCUUUCUGGAGUAACUGUUUGUCUUUAGUGUAAGUUAUCACAUGAGGCUAUAUAGCCCCGUCUGCUUCAACAACCACUACCAACACAUUGGCAGAUAUCGAACCUGUUUUUUAAUCAAUCUUUUAGUUAACAACCUUUCUAAACAUUAGAAAAAGCUGUGUACUCCCACCACUAGAAGGACUUAUAAAUGUUUAAUGUGCAUCCUUUUCACUGCAGCUUCCGUAUUCCUUUAAAUAUGGUUCUCUUUGUCAAACCUGAGAAAUGAUUGACUUUUUUUCCCCCCAAAUUCUGUGAAGUAUUGUGUUGUUCAGUCUGCAGAGGAUACAUUAUAAACAUCACAAACAGUAUGAGGAGGAAAAUGAACAAAGACAGAUGAAGAUCUUCAUCAAGGUGCCAACCAUCUCCUUCCUGCAGUGUAUUACUAAGAACAGGGAUCCUGGCUGCUAAUUUCAUGUCACUGUUCGGCCUGUGUUUGCUUUUCCUGCUUUAUCUGUAAUAAUGAGUAAAUUGAUCUUGCUUCUCUCUAGACGAUACUUUAUUCAGUUUUGUCAUUAAUGAAGAAUUCAUGAUUUUGUUCACUUUCUUUUUCUGAAUCCUUGCCUGUUUUCCCUGUUUUCGUAGAGGUUGCAUUCAUCCCACGAGUCUUGUGCUUUUGGUCACUCCUCCUGAAUCCAUUUGUAGUUGCCCUCCUGUGUGUUCUUUAGAACCCUUUCCAAUACCUGAAGUUGAACAGUACUGAUUUCCUACCUCAUUCCCUUUUUAGCAUCACCUGAUUUUUUUAAGAAUGUGAUGUUCUGGAAUAAGUCCUAUCCCUUGAGUCCCUUGGUGUUGCCAUUUGUAUCUUGCCUUGCUUCCCUUCAUGUGAUGAAGAGGGUAAGCUGUUAUUUUCUGGGCUUUCAACAUAGGUGCGUUUUUCCUGUCCUGACAUUCUCAUCUUUUGUCGUAAUACUACUUGCAUUACAUAGUCCUGAUCAAAAUUCAGUUAAAUUUGUGUUUGUAAUACUUCUGUCUCCUUUCUGUACCCCAUACAGCAAUACCAGACUCUAUAUGUGCCUGGAGGAUGCUCUGCAGACUUGUCUCGCUAUUUCAGUUUGAAUCCUGGUUUGGAAAUCCUCCUUUCCUCUACAACCUGUUGUUAUUAUUGCUUUUAUCUAUGGUGGCUUCGCUCCUUGUGGGUUUAUAUCAGUAUCAGUCUCACUUGUAGAUGUUUUUUGUGCCAUCCUUUCAGGAAAAUAUGACUACAAAUGUUUCUCUCUCAGGAAGUCUGUGACUGUUUCAGUCUCUCUAUCAAUUUCUACCUUUUAUUUACUUCACAAAACUUUUUGAUCUGCCUGUAAAAAAUGUAUAAUAAAAUGAAUUGCUCUGA